AUGUCCGGCAAAAGUCAAGUCUCUAUCUUCCCCCGCGCGCAGACCCGUCACCAAGAGGUGACCCUGACCGUCGAUGCCGUGCAGCAGCUCUACCACCUCCGUCAGGAUAAGGCCGCAGCUCAGCUCGGAGUCUGCCUCACCAGUUUCAAGGCCGCCUGCAGGAGGCUCGGCAUCAAGCGAUGGCCUUUCACCAGGACGCAAGGCGUAAAGAAGAUGGCGAGGAGGGCCUCCGAGCUUGGCACACAUGGUGUGUGGGACGACAACCUCGUCGCCUUCUUUCAGAGCAGCCGCGAGGGCCGCGGGGAGCCACCGACAGGUCAUGGGGAAGGUUGCAUGCGCACGGCGAAGGAGGACGUGUGGGUAGGGAUGGGGGAGGGGCAGGCCGAGUGGAUCGAGUGGUUUGUUGGAGCGACAGACGAGGAUCCUGUACUGCAGCGCUGGGAGCUCAAGAGAGUGUUAAGGUUGGAGGCAGGGGAGUAG